GGAAACAGAAACUAAACUUUUUUUUUGUUUCAAACGCACACGCACACACACGCACACACAGGGCAGUCAGGUUGCUGGAGCUGCACACAACUUCCCUUCUUGAGUCACGGAUCCACAAGGAAAGGGCAGUCAGGUUGCUGGAGCUGCACACAACUUCCCUUCUUGAGUCACGGAUCCACAAGGAAAGCCAUGGCCAUCUACCAGCAGCCCGCCCCUCUUCUGCCCGUCAGCCAAGCCCAGGUGGUGACGGUGACCACCACCAACGUCCCAAGCCACGGGACAUGGAGCACCAGCCUCUGCGAUUGCUGCAGUGACAUGGGCACCUGUUGCUGUGGGCUCUGGUGUUUCCCCUGCAUGCAGUGUCAGACAGCCAGUAUGCAUGGCUGGUGCUGCUGUAUGCCACUCCUGGACGUCUGCUGCGUGGUGUCCUGCUGCCUCCGCGCCUCCAUUCGGGAGCGCCACGGCAUCCACGGUUCGUGCUGCGGCGACUGCUGUGACCUCAACUGGUGUUACAUGUUAGUCUGGUGCCAGAUGCACCGAGAGCUGAAGAUCAGGGGCGCCAGGCCGGGCGGCGCCUCCACCGUGGUCACCACGCAGGUCAUCAAUGUAUAGGAUGCAACCUCCGGGAAUAUGACACCAGGUCAUAAUAGCUGCAUGCGCCUUUUUGUAGUUGUAGUUGUAGUGUUCUGUUAUCAGUGUUAGAUGGAAGCCGACAGAUUCACGUUUGUUUUCGGCAGAUGUUUUAAUUUAGACCGUCGUGACUGACUAUGUUACAUUCUGUGAUACUGACUGAUAUCAUCCCCGUCCUUCACACUCUUUGCUGUUGCAUUGUAUAACUUGUGUUGAAAGCAAAAUAAUCUUUUUCAAAUAAAUUUUUUAUGGCACAACAAAA